AUGUCCAGAAUCCUCACGGCCGGCGAGGAGUGCCAGCUCGCCGCAAAGACCUUCAGCGCCUUUGCCGAGUCCACCCAGGGCGGCGCCAUCCCGGCCAACUUUAUCGCCGGUGCGAUGGGCAUCGCCGUCAUCCGCGGCGAAACCGGCGUCGCUGUCGUGCGGCUCAAGUCUGGAGAGUGGUCUGCUCCCUGCGGCAUCCUGCUCGAGAACGCCAAUGGACAGAUCCAGCCCGGCCAAGAGACCAUUCUGCUGUUCACAAGCGAAUCUGCCAUCCUGUCGCUGGUGGCCCGCACCCGCCUGGUUCUCAACCACACACACCGGUUCCUGCCGGGCCCGUUCACAAAUCAGUUCCUGGAUCCCACCAUCGACGUCUACGUCUAUGUGCGCUUCAGCGGCAUCUUCACGCCAAGUGACCUGGUCCAGAGCUACAUGACCGGCUGGGGCGUGCGUGAGGACAUGGACCGCCACGGCCGUUGGCAUGGCAAGGACGUCUCCUGGCACGACGUCCUCACCAACAAGAUCACCGUCGACCGGAGUAGUGUCGGCAACGCCCUGUACGUCAUCCUCAACCUGGCGGCCGGAAAGGCUUCGAUGAACAGCAACCAGGGUCGCAAGAACUAUGCCGAUCUCGACAAACUCCCAAACGGACCCGUCCGCAUCACCAAUGCCGUCCUUGACGGCUCCAGCUCCGGGUCUACUGCUAUUGGAUUGGCUCAGCAGCAGCAGCAGCCGACACAGCAUCUGAUGGGAUACCAACAGACGCAAGCGCAGCAGCCGACCCAGGGAUACUCAGCCGCUCAACUCUUUGCCAUGAACGUCGGCGGUAACUCGUCGAUCCAGCAGCAGGCAGCCUUGCAGCAGAUUCAAGCCCAGCAGCAACAGCAGCUCCAAGCUGCUCAGCAGACUUGGACCGGAUACUGA